GUGCUUUGCGUCGGAAUGAUCAAGCAAAUCGGCGAAUUUGCGAAUAAAAGGAUCGAUCAGACACCCAUUGGUACGUAUAAGACGACAACCACACAUAUUACACUGAUUUCUGCAGUGAUGGCAUCCGCCGUGACGACAACAUCGGCAACAGCCUCAUCAGCCUGCGCAAGCAAACUCUACGACAUCCCCGUACAAGAUGCAUCCUGUGCACUGCCAUACGGCGGCAACCAUACCGACAUCAUGGCGGCGUGUUGCGGAAGCGCAUCCGUCAUUGCCUACUACGAUGAUUGCGGGCUGUUCUGUCUCGCGCAGGGGCAAACGGUGCACGAGUUGACCGAGUGUCUCUUCGCUCACGGCGCACCCUACUCGAAGGUCUUCUGUAGCGGAAACACGACCGCCGAGGCUACGGGGAUGGCGACUGUGGCGGCGAGUGCGACGGCACAUGUGGUGGCAACGGCACAAACGGCGACAUCGAGUCCAUCGACUCCUAAUGCUCAGUCUUCGUUCUCUUCGUCGUCAUCCUCUUCAGCCGCCAGGACGGGAGACCGGUUCGGCGCGGUCAGAUUCAGCUUUGCCGUCGGUUUGCUCGGAUUGUUGUUCGGGUCUCUGCUGUGAUGAGCGAAGCAUGCAAGGAGAUGGCAUUGUUAGUUACUGUCAUAAGGUAAUGAAUCAACGAAAUCAAGCUGCUCAAUCCCAGUCAUGUUCUGCA